GCGGAGGAAAACCGCUGCAGGGGUAUUAAGGGGAGUUAAGAUCGACCCGGAGUACCGUUACUCAAGAGUUACACGCUAUGAAGGCUGGACUUACACCACUGAGCAAACUCUAACUUAUUAACGGAUUAACAUCUAACUUUCCUGUAGAACUUCUUGUGGAAGAUCAUUUUUAGGAUGCGUUGCGCGCAAAAACCGCUUGGACAUGACGGAUAAUCGUGCUGCACUUUUGGGGCUGGCGCACGGAUGAUAUUCUCACUUAGUGAUGGAGAGACGCGGGCUUUCAGUCUGAGGCGCGCGCGAGAGUCAAAUCACCCGAGAGAAUAAAGAAACACGCGCAAAGGCGUUUUUAGCAGUGCAGCAGUGACUGAAUCCUCUGAGCAGACUUGCUGACGGGUUUUCAAGUAAUUCAUGUGAUGACAUGGGCUGACUUGGUGUCACCGAAAAGGGACCGACGAUGUUGGGACGCAGCGCGCGCGCCUCGUUCCGCGGCCGGUCGCUGCUCGUGCUCUUGCUGCUGCUGCUGGGAUUUGUACGAGCGUGUCGCGAGCUUCUGUCCAGCGGCUGCGGCUGCACGGACGAGCGCGCAAAGGGCCACACGGCACAGGCGGGCGCGCGCAAACGAGUGAGCUGCGCCGGCAAGGAGCUGACGGAGACGCCGGAAGCGAGUCUGAUGCCCAACCGGACUAUUUCUUUAAACCUAAGCAACAACCGCAUCCGUGUCCUAAGAAAUGGCUCUUUCACUGGCUUGUACUUACUGGACAAACUGGACCUGAAGAAUAAUCUGAUCAACACCAUCAUGCCUGGAGCUUUUCAGAGCCUAACAGCACUGAGAAAACUCGACCUGUCCAACAACCGGAUCGGCUGCCUGACUCCAGAUAUGUUCCAGGGACUCACCAACCUCACCAAACUGAACAUUUCAGGAAACAUCUUUUCUUCGCUGGAGCCAAACAUCUUCCAGGAGCUUCCGUCACUCAAGCUGGUGAACUUUGACUCGGAGUCCCUGUCAUGUGACUGCGGACUGCAGUGGGUGCCGAGUUUCUUCCGCACAAGUUCAGCCAGACUGGGAGAUGAGACGCUCUGCAAAUAUCCCAGAAGGUUUCAGAACACACCACUGCGAGAGCUGAAGGAGACCGACCUGACCUGCGAAGGCCCCUUAGAGCUGCACACACUGUUUCUGUUACCCUCACUGCCCCAAGUAGUGUUUAAAGGAGACAGGCUGCCGUUCCACUGUACCGCUGCCCAGGCUGACAAAAUCACCGCCGUACACUGGCGCCACAAAGGCCAAACCGUCAGUAACAACCCUGCAAAUGGAGUCCUUCUAGAAGAAAGCGUUCUACAUGACUGCACUGUCAUCACCAGUGAGUUGAUCUUGUCAAAUGUACAUGUCGACGCGAGCGGCAAGUGGGAGUGCGUGGUGAUGACAGGACGAGGGAGCUUCUCGCGUAGCGUGGAGAUUGUCGUUCUGGAAAACAGCGCAACCUUCUGCCCUGAGCAAAGAGUGUCCAAUAACAGAGGAGAGUUCAGGUGGCCAAGAACUCUGGCUGGAAUUACGUCAUAUCAAUACUGCCUGCAGUUGCGUUAUCCGUCCCUGGCUGGAGGGAGUGCCGUUGAUCAAAAGGGGGCAUCUCGGUACUGCGAUCGUUCCGGUCACUGGGAGGAAGGAGACUACUCUCAGUGCCUCUACACCAACGAUAUCACUAAUGUCCUUCAUACGUUUAUACUGAUGCCCAUCAAUACCUCCAAUGCUGUGACACUGGCACACCAGGUGAGGACCUACACGUUGGAGGCAGCAGGCUUCACGGACAUGGUGGACGUUUUCUACGUAGCACAGAUGAUGCAGAAAUUCAUGGAUUAUCUUGAUCAGUCACGUGAGCUGUCAGAAGUGCUGGUGGAGAUGGGCAGCAACCUGAUGCAAGUGGAUGAUCAGAUCUUGUCCCAGGCUCAGAAGGAGAAGAGAGCCUGCAGCUCUAUAGUCUGCUCUCUGGAGACCUUAGCAUGGCCACAGCUUCACCCAAAUGCCCAGUAUCUCUCCAUGACGUCUCGGAACAUUGUGCUAGAAGCUCACUUGGUACGUCCCGCCCACUUCACUGGCAUGACCUGCACCGCCUAUGAGAGACGAGAGAGCUCUGGUGCCAGGGGAUUAGAUGUGACAGACUCCACCCAGCAGGAGCUCCACUUCCGCUGUACAACAGGGACCCACAACAUGUCACUAAACGCUUUUCCUUUAAAGAAUGCUGUAGCACUUGCUUCGGUCUCUCUGCCUGCAUCCCUGUUCCCUCCAAACGCUCCUACCGAAUGUAAACUGCAGUUUGUUGCUUUUCGUACUGGAAGAUUCUUCUCGUUUAUUGGAAACUCCAGCAGCACAGCUCGUAGGAGAAGCGUAAACACGCCAGUCAUCUACGUAGGCCUCGAUGGAUGCACCAUGUGGAACCAAUCAGCUCCCAUUGUUGUGUCUCUGCGACACACAUCACUUGGCAACGAUCCAGUGGCUGCACACUGGAGUCUGCAGGCGCUCAUGCAUCAUGGGAGUUGGAGUACAGACGGCUGUCAGUUAGUGCACAGCGACGCUAGCAUCUCAACGCUACGGUGCAGCAUGCUCAGUAACUAUGCAGUGCUUCAGGAGGUGCCUGAUUUCUCAGGUCUUGUUCCUGCUCCUGUGGAAGUCCUCCACCCGGUGGUGUACACCUGCACUGCAGCACUCCUCUUGUGCCUCUUCACCAUCAUCUUUACCUACAUCCUGCACCACAGCUCCAUUCGGAUUACUCGUAAAAGCUGGCACACCCUCCUCAACACCUGUUUUCACAUUGCCAUGACGACAGCAGUGUUUGCUGGGGGCAUCACUCUAACUAGCCACCCGAUUGCAUGCCAAGCAGUGGGAAUUGUUCUCCACUAUUCUUCAUUGUCCACUUUGUUGUGGAUCGGCGUCAGCGCCCGGGUGCUCCAUAAGGAGGCCUUGUGGCGGUCUCCACGGCAACCAGAGGGCGAGGCUACAGCGGUGCCCACUCAGCGGCCCAUGCUCAGGUUUUAUCUGAUAGCUGGCGGCGUUCCUCUCAUCAUAUGUGGGAUCACCGCAGCUGUCAAUAUUAACAACUACGGAGACAACAUUCCUUACUGUUGGUUGGUAUGGCAGCCCAGUAUUGGAGCUUUCUAUGUUCCUGCUGGCCUUGUGAUUCUGGUGACCUGGAUCUACUUCCUGUGUACCAUUGCACGCUUGAGAUGCCGAACCUCCCAGAUUGUCAAGGAACCCCCAUGCUCCACCUCUGGAUCCUUCCCUUUACCCGAAGCCCAGCCAGCUCUAAGUGGCAGCACUAGUUUACUUUCAACAGACUCUGCAGUUGGCCCAAUGCAUGCGGGAAUGGUGCAGGAGGACCAGUACCCAUUGAAAGUACAGUUCUUGGCACUGGUGGCGACUCAGUUUGUGUAUUUGCUUCUGUGGUGUUGUGGUGCAAUGGCUAUGUGGCACAUGGACAGAGAAAGGAAGUUAUUCAGCUGUCUGUAUGGAGGAACCGCGACAGGGCUAGGAAUCUUCUUGGUGCUCCAUCACUGCUUCAAACGCUUGGAUGUUCAGGCAGCUUGGCUUGGAUGUUGCCGGGGAUACCAUCGGUCAGAGCCAAUUCCACCCUACAGCCAACCCUGCACUGCCACCGCUGGAGUCCAGAACACUUCUGAAAGGGGCUCGCAGCUGUUUGUUGGCUCUCUUCCUCCAGCAGAGCAAAGCAACUACUCUUCUUCUGCCAGGUCGUCCUCCACUCCAAGUGGCACCAGCAGUAUAGGCACUGGGCCCUGCAAGCUCACUAACCUUUUGCAGGUGACACAGGACAAUGCCAACAAUGCCACACGUGCUCUGGCAGGCACUAACACCAACACCAGCACCAGCACAGAGAACAACACCAACAACAAACCUGCCAACAACCUGAUGCUGCCACAUAUUAGCACCACAUUACCUGUUCAGCAGCAACAGCGAAAAAAGACUAGCAGUAGAACUAAGGCAGGAAGUGGCCAGUACCACCACCGGGGGGAGGGAAGGGGACAUUAUCGUCUGAAAGCACUACGAGGUGGUGGAGGCAGUGUAGGUGCCUUGAGCCCACCUGGUGUGGACCAAGUCAACACUCAUCAUGUUCACAGAUAUGCAUCCAGCGAGAACGGAAGUCUUCGAAACAGCCAUUCGGAGAGCCAUAAUGGUCCACUGACCAAUGGAAGACACCGUGCAGAAGGACCAGGAACAAGUCCUUCAGAAGGAAGCGACGGAGGAAGCAGUGGAAGCAGGAAACCUUUCCCGCUUUUGCCUUCUAUAGCAAGUCGGGUUGCAAUGCAGCAGAAUGGACAGAGACGCAGUGCAAGCAGAGACAACCUUAAAUUGGUAAAUGCAGCUGAUAAAGACUUUAAACGAGGUUCAUAUCUGUUGAACACUGACAGAAUAACAGCUACUGGAACUACAAGUGGGACAAUCUCAUCAACACAACCUGCCACAUCGAAUGGAAUGCUGAAAGGUUCAGUCAUUGAACUGGAUGCAAGUGGAUCGGACCAUUCGCAGGGGUUAGUUGGGAUGAGGCCUGGGGUUUGGAAGAGUGAGACGACUGUGUGAUGUGACAUAACUGAGCUAACAGUCUGUGUUUAGGGAAGAGUACAGUGGGCAAGAACCUCACUGCCUCAAUCACCAGUGCAUCCAGGGUUAGCCUCCCUGACAUUUAAUAUUCACUUAUGUUCAUUGAGCUUCAAUCAAAUUGCACCUUCCAGAAACAGGUAACUACUCAUGUAUUUGUUGAGGCUUUAUGAGGGAUCCUGUACAUUUUGGUGCUACAUAAAGCAGGAGGCUUGAUUUAUGAAGGGAUAUACUUAUAUGCAAAAACUGAACCCUUUUUCAAAUCAGUAUUUUUCAUCAUGAGAUGACAGUAUUGUUUCUCUUGUUUAGAAUAUAUCUAACAUGAGGUUUUUAAAGCUAUUGCAAAAAAGUGAACACCUUACGGUAUCUGUAAGCGUAUGUUUUUUUUAAAUCCAUUUUGAUCUAUGCAUAUCAGUGGAAAUGGACCACAAAUUGCAUUCUGAGUUCAUUUUGCAUUUGUUUUGCUUGUACAACCUGUUUUUUUUUUUUGUUUUUUUGUUUUUUUUUAUACUUAAUGUGUUUGACGUGCUUUGUAUCUGCUGGCUAUUUGGCAAAAGUGCACAUGUGAUAGUGAGAGAUGUAUAUGUCAGAAUGUAUGUAUGUAAGAAUGUAUGGAUGUAUUAAUUGACUAUUACAGUAUUUAGCUCUAGUCCCUCUCCAGCACUGAUAAAUACCUCUUGGCCUUACCUAAUCGCUCCAGCAUUAAGGACCUGCAGUGAGCUCACGUCCUCUUCAUGCUUUAUAUGUAGAAUAUGUAAAGGCACAAAGGGAUGCUGGCCUUUUUGUCUGUAGAUGAGUCUGUUGCAAUUCUGUGUGUUAUUGCUGUCCCUCUUGUGUGUCAAAGGCCAAGAUUCAACAGAAUAACACAGGUCGACUGCCCUCUAGUGGAUCACGCGUGCAAUUGCACUGGCUAACCAAACAUACCACCAAGUGAUGAGGGGGAUAGAGAGUGAUGUCAUUGAAGUUUUAUUAAAAGAAAUUUGGUGAAGAAUAUUUUUGCAAUCAUGUCUAACAUGGUUUUCCUAUAGCACUUGGAAAAAGUCCACCCUUUCUUACACCUAAAUGAAGCACAAACUAUGUACUAGCAGAUUCAGGGUAUCUUUCUUACUUUCUUUUCUUUUCUCUUUUUUACUUUUCUUUUCUUUCUUUCCUUUUUUUUUAUUUCUUUCUUUUGCAUAUUCAUCACCAUUGUUGUACUGAUAAUUUCUUCAAUGUUAAACUCUACCUAGCUUUACCUAGCACAUGAAAACCUCGGUAUUCCUAUCCAACAAAAAGCAUCCUUUGGAGUUUCUUUUGAACCAUUCGUUAUGCAAUACAGCGUAGCAGUUUGAUGUAGUGUAUUGUACUGUCUGAAUGGAAGCACUUACAACUCAACCCAACUUUUUUUUUUUAAUAUAAAAAAUGCCAUAAAAUAAAGAACAAGAAAAGAAAUAGUACCUCUUAUCUUAGGGAAAAACAGUGUUAACCACGAGACAAUCAUUUCAUUUACAAGUCCUGUAUUAUGCCAAGACAUAACUGUUCUUAUUUAUAAAAUCAUAUGCAAUUUCAUUUUAAUGACAGGAUGCCAUAUAUGAAUUUUUAAUUUUUUUUUUCCAUAUCUCGAUGUCUUCAUCUCUGUCUUAGAGUAAAAUUGCCAGCUCUACUUUUAACACACGUUCAGGGAUUUUUUUUGACACCAAAGAAGCUUCUUUAAACAUCUUGUUACACUAUUUUACAGUAUUUUAAUGUUUUCUUUCUUCAGACAUCACAAAUCUCACAUAACUGUCACAAAUUGGCCAAGCAGUUAUUAAAGGUUUUGUAAUAUCAAUAUUUAUUAUAGUCUACUUCACAAAUAAGAAGUGCUUUUGUUUUAUUGCAUGUUGGAUUCCAGUGAGUUUUAUUAGUGACACGAUGGUGUGUACGGGCGAAUUAUCCUUUUAAAAACAGACAUGACUUUUUGUUGAAUUUUUUUAUUUUUUUUAAACUCCAAACGACUGCAUUAGUUCCAAGGUUCCCAAAUUGCGGUUGAAUUUAAAUGUGAUGUGAUUUUUUUUUUUUCGUCCUCUGUCCCUAUGCAAGUUUUUGGUCAGUAAAAAAAAAAUAAGCGGUAUAUUUAUCUAAGAAUGAUUGUUUUUUUUCUGUCAUCUCAAGUUUUUAAAGGGAUAUUUCAUGUUUCAUGUGUAUUUAUGUGUCACUUUGCAUCGUUAUGAAAAUUCCUCUUCAGUUCCAGUAAUAUAUUUGAUUUUUGUGCCUUAUAAUUCGGAUGCAAAUAAAGACUUUCUAAAUAA